AUGCCAGAAGACCGUUUUUAUUCAACACGUCUUUCUAGAAUGCCGUUUGCCUACAGCAGAAACAAUGAGGAACUCAAAAAGCUCAACAACGGUCCACAAUUUUCUAAAGGUGAAGCGUGUACUGAUAAGGCUUGCGUGAAUGGAUGUUUGGAUGAGACGUUUCUUGAAGUCUCGUGGAGCAAAUGUAGAGAUGGAGUAUACGCUCACACCCAUUUAAUUGGCGAAUAUGAGACGGGCAUGGAUCAAUUUAAAGAAGGAGAAAAUAAGAAGGAAUUCACAUUCGAUCUGGAGAUAUAUGAUAAUAACAGCUUCAAAAUGGAUUUUGAGGAAGGCGUAGAAAAAGUUUUUGACCCGAAAAAAGUUAGGAUCCAAUGCGUUAAAAAAGCCGAGGCCAUUGCCAAACCAAAAACAUGGAAAAUCGUCAAAAAUGAAGACCUGAAGGGUAAACAUCUGCUCGUCUUCCAUUUACUUCCACCAAAGGCUACAGGAAUGUAUAAAGAGGGCGGCUUUAAACAACUUAAGGAUAAUCCAACAUGUGAUCUCUUCAUUCGCUUUGAAAGGGGACCCUACGAACUUCUUCAUGUCUCUCGGACAACAACUACGGUUACUACAACAACGACAACAACCGAAACAACACCAGCUACCAACAAACAAUCUUCAACAGCAGAAAUAAAUGAGGGAGAUACUACACCAACAGCAAAAGUGCAGGAAGUAAAGGACACCGAGAAAGGAAGUAAUGUUGGGAUUGUGAUCAUUGUGAUUAUUGUUGUGUUGGUGUUUGGAAUUGGCGGUGGAUUCCUUGUUUGGUUCUAUGUUUUUAAAAAAGAACCAAAGCAACCUGAAGAGGAAGCUGAAGAGGACAAAAAGGAACCAAUUGAGAAGUUUUGGAAGCACCACAAGGACAAUCCAGAAGAUAUGCCUUCCCCAAAAGAACAAUACGUUUUGGGUGUGUUCGACAAAAUGAGUAGACAGGACACGGUGACCUACAAGAGGGUGCUCUUUGAGUUGUAUCUGCCGGAACUGAUCGAAAAGGAUAUUGCUACUAUUGGGAAUUUUGAGGAAUGGAGAGAGAAGAAUGGAUUUGUUCUGACGGAUCUGGAGAGGGAUGACGAAUUCUGCGAGAAAAUAGAUAAGGCGAUUAAGGAUAGGAAAGAAAAGGAAGCCGCCAACAAACUGUUCAAUGCUGCUAAGAAGUGAUGGGAGGGAGAGAUGUUCUGUGAAGUUUUGAAAAUAAGAAUAAAUACUAGAAGUUGAAAAGAUAUUUUUUGGAGAGAUAAAUAUAUAGAGAAUAAUUUGUAAAUCAUUCAU